UACCGCACGCCGUUUCGUCAUUCAUACACGGAAACUCGACGAACUAACACGCCCGUUAUAAAGUGCAUAGUGCAGUGAUUUUUAAUCUGUCUCGUUGGAAUUAAAUUUAAUAGAAUGUCUCGUGUAUGCGUAGUCGGCGCUGGCGCGGCUGGUCUUUGCGCUGCUCGUCAUCUUCUGGAAGCGCCAUGUGUAUCACAGGUUGAUGUUCUGGAACAAUCUGGACAAUUGGGAGGCACCUGGGUGUAUACAGAGAACGUGGGUUAUGAUGACUUCGGCCUGCCCAUUCAUACGAGCAUGUAUAAGAGUUUGAGAACGAACCUUCCCAAGGAAAUUAUGGGAUUCCCAGACUUCCCCAUACCAGAGAGUGAUAAAUCAUAUUUACCUGCUAAAGACAUGCUCGCCUUCCUACAACUGUAUUCGGAUAAACAUGGUGUUACGGAACAUAUUAAAUUCAAACAACACGUCCAACAAAUAAAGCCCAAGGCUGGACCUUCGGGCGAACUCUGGGACGUUACCUACAAAGAUCUGACCACCUCAGUUUCAGUGACAAAAGAGUAUGACUAUGUAUUCAUUUGCAAUGGACAUUAUAAUACGCCGUUCAUUCCUAAUAUCCCAGGACUGAAGGAGUUUGAAGGGGACGUGAUGCACAGCCACGACUACAGAGUGCCAGAAAUAUUCACUGGCAAGCGUGUCCUCGUGAUCGGAGCCGGUCCCUCCGGCAUGGACAUAGCCCUGGAGAUCACCAGCGUCACCACGAAGGUGAUCCUCAGUCAUCACCUGAAGGAGGAACCGAAGAGCGUCUUCCCCAAUAACCUGGUGAUGAAGCCUGAUGUAGUGAAGCUGGAUGGAAGGAAGGUGACCUUCAAUGAUGGCAGUGAAGAUGAAGUGGAUGUCGUUUUCCUUUGCACGGGCUACCUAUACAACUUCCCGUUCCUGGACGAAUCUUGUGGUAUCGUGGUAGAGGAUAACUGUGUGGAGCCAUUAUACAAACACUUGGUGAAUAUACAGCAUCCAACUAUGUGCUUCAUCGGUGUGCCGUACUAUGUAUGCGCUUUCGCCAUGUUCGAUUUGCAAGUUCGUUACUACGUGCGAUCAAUGAACGGCGUUUUCAAGUUACCAUCUCCAGAUGAGAUGAUAAAACACUGGGAGGAAGAGAAGCAGGAACGAGCAGCACGCGGGUACACCAAGCGGCAGGCGCAUAUGAUGGGACCUGACCAGCAACGAUAUUAUGCGUCCCUCGCAUCAGAAGCAAACACGAAAAAUCUACCAUCUGUCAUCACCAAAAUCCGUGAUGAGAGUUCGAUCAGAUUUCUUCACAAUUUGCAGAGCUAUCGACAAGAUGUGUAUAAAAUAAUAGACGAUGACACUUAUGAAAUUAUAAGUAAUGGGAAAAGGGAAGUUCUUUGUUGACCCUACAAGGGAAUAAUAAUAUAAUUUUUAAGUUAAGCUCAAACUAGUGAUAUGUUCCUUUAAGUUUAGGAUGCUGACGGUUAUUUUAAAAAUCUAUUUGUAAUUGUUAAAUACAGGUGAUUUGCUCAAUUUUAAUUGCUCAAUUUUAAUGAUAGAAUGUAUUUUAUUAAGUAAGUAAUUGACGUAAAUUAUGUUAUUGUUGUAUAGAAGUUUGUAGAUAAUUUUUAAUGAGCCUUUUUGUAUUGUAUUAAAGUGACAUUUAUUAUAGUAUGUAACUCGCCUAUA